AUGCUAACCUUCGCAGGCGUUUGUAGGGACAGCAGUUUGGGAGACGUCGUCCUCCAGUUACAUCUGAAGCUGCUCAUAGGCUCUGUGGCAGAACUCCUGGUGGGUCUGAGUGUCAUUGCAGAGUGCCUUGGCUCAGUGUGGCGUUUCUGGCCCGUGCGUAAAAGCGUAGCCUGCGUGACGCCCGUAACUGGAGGGAACGCAAUCGAUCAGCAUGCUCCACCGGUGUACGUGUACGAGUCGCCCCCUGGAAGCAUGACACAACAAAAAACCCAGUGGGAAAGUCGGGGCACAGACUGUGAUGGCCACGGCGAGUCUGGCAUCCCCCCCUUUCCGAAGUCAAAAGCCUUUCUCACUUCCGCCCCCGGUAGAUUUCCUUCUCCAGCCAGUGCGCAUCAGCCGGGAGCCGAGCAGCUGAUACGCGACAUGAGGAUCCUGUAUCACCCCGAGCUGCUGCCCCUCUCUCCAAACUUCAUUUAG